AAUCCACAUUCCCACGUCUCUAACAAAGCAUAAACGUGUUCUCAAUAGCCAAUUCUAUUACACCUUUACCAACCAUUUUCAAGAAAUAUAACAAUACAAGUUGGUUUUUAUGCGCAAACUUAGCAUACUUGACAUUAUUCUUCAUGGCAGCAGCAACAACAACAACAGCAAGAAGUAGUAACAUUUUGCCUACACUAUAUGCAACACUACUCAUUGUAUCCCUUACUACUUGCAAUGCCAAGAAUCUCUUAUACGUGUUCGGCGAUUCGCUAUUCGAUGCCGGUAUGACUUUGUACACCGGUGUUGCGGGAGAUGGUGCUGAAUUCUGGCCUUAUGGUCGGACUUACUUUAAGAAGCCUGCUGGGAGGUAUUGUGAUGGGCGUGUCAUCCCGGAUUUCUUAGCUGAAUAUGCGGGGUGGCCGCAUCUGCAGCCGUAUUUGCAACCAGGGUUUGAUGAUUAUACCAAAGGAACUAGUUUUGCUGCUGCUAGUGCUUGUGUUCUGGUUGAAACUCGUCCUGGAAAGAUAAAUUUGGCUUUGCAAAUGUACUACUUUGUUCAAAUGGUGCGAAAAUUGAAACAGCAAGUUGGAGAAUCAGAGGGCAACAAGCUGUUAUCUAAGGCAGUCUACUUGAUUGACAUCGGAGGAAAUGACUACUUUAGCAUUUUUGAGCCGAAUAAGACUAACCUUCCACAGCUUCCUCUCAAUCCUCAGUCCAAGAAAGCUUACGUUAAUCUGAUACUCAGUGAACUCACCACCCACAUUUAUACACUUUACAACAAAGGAGCACGGAAAUUUGCAUUUCCUAACAUUGGUCCUCUAGGGCACUUCCCCUCAAUGAAGACCCUUUGUAUGCUACGACCCGAAAAGAGCUGUUUAGCUGAUCUAGACGAGCUAGCUAGGAUGCAUAACGCUGCAUUUGCUAAGCUGGCUAACAAAUUGCAAAAACGAUUACCAGGGUUCAAAUACUCAAUAUACGACUUCUACACCGCUGUAGAUCUCCGUGUCCUCAAUGCUUAUAGUUAUGGAUUUAAGGAAAGUAUAACAGCAUGCUGUGGAAGUGGAAUGUACAACGGUGACUUCACUUGCCAAAAGACGGAGCACAGCUUCUCAGCUUGUAGUAAUCCACCCGAUUAUUUGUGGUUUGAUGCCGGUCAUCCUACCGAGAAAGCCAACCAGCAAUUUGCAUAUGAAAUGUGGUCGGGAGGACUCGACGUUGUAGCUCCUUACAACCUGAAGAGUUUGUUGGCCAUGAGUUGAAUUAAAGCUUCACACAUUGCUGGUAGCAAUCGAUGAAACAAGGUGUCAUUCGAUAAUAAUAGUGAGAUAUAUACUACUUGUAGCAUGUGCGGAAAAAGUUGUCACAUUUGCUGUUUGUAUUACUUGGUAAAUGUUAUCAUUAUACCGUUUGUAGAUUGAGUGCUUAGGAAAAGUAUGAAAAUAGUCCAACAAUUGUAAAGGGCAUGUAAAAUUGUGUCAUUUUUUUUUGUCAUGAAGGUCUUAGGAAGACAAUAUAACUAGUAUUUCCAAAUGGAAUCCAAAUAUUUAUUCAACAAAGAUUCUUUUUAUCUUUA